GUUAAUCAUUUCCUGUGGAAAGUGUGCGGGAGGGGCGGGAGCGGGGCGGAGCAGGGCGGACCGAGGAGGAGGCGGCGGCAGCGUGGAGCUGCCACCAGCCGGCGGGCCGGGCCGGGUCGAGCCCCAGGCGCUGAGGCGACGCCGGGAUCCUGCCUCCGCCAGGCCGGCCGCCUGGCGCCCAGAGGAGGCUGCUGAGCCCCGGGCCAUGGUCCCAUCUCGCAGGACGUGGAACCUGGGAGCCACGCCCUCACUGCGGGGCCUGUGGAGAGUGGGCCGGGCCCCGGAGCCUGAGCCAGGGAUGGCCCGCCCCGCCCCAGCCAGCCCAGCCGCCCGCCCUUUCCCGCACACCGGCCCAGGGAGGUUGAGAACUGGGCGUGGAAAAGAUACCCCGGCCGGCUGUGACGAGGACUCCAGUGCCCGAAGUGCUGCUCGCCCUGCCCUAGCUCAGUGCCGAGCCCUCAGUGUGGACUGGGCUGGCCCUGGGAGCCCCCACAGGCUGUACCUGGCCGUGCAGGUAGAAAGCCUGAAGGAGAAGCUCAUUAGCCAGGCCCAGGAAGUGAGCCGUCUUCGAUCAGAGCUGGGAGGCACCGACUUGGAGAAGCACCGGGACCUGCUGAUGGUGGAGAAUGAGCGACUGAGGCAGGAGAUGCGGUGCUGCGAGGCGGAGCUGCAGGAACUGCGGGCGAAGCCGGGGGCGCCCUGCCCAGGCUGCGAGCACAGGCAGGAGAGUGCCCAGCUCCGCGAUAAGCUGUCUCAGCUGCAGCUGGAGGUGGCGGAGAACAAAGGCAUGCUGUCCGAGCUGAACCUGGAGGUGCAGCAGAAGACAGACCGGCUGGCCGAGGUGGAGCUGCGGCUCAAGGACUGCCUGGCUGAGAAGGCACAAGAGGAGGAGCGGCUCAGCCGGCGCCUGCGUGAUAGCCACGAGACCAUCGCCAGCCUGCGGGCCCAGUCGCCACCCGUCAAGUACAUCAUCAAGACAGUGGAGGUGGAGUCGUCUAAGACCAAGCAGGCCCUCAGUGAGUCCCAGGCCCGAAACCAGCACCUGCAGGAGCAGGUGGCCAUGCAGAGGCAGGUGCUGAAGGAGAUGGAGCAGCAGCUACAGAGCUCACAUCAGCUGACGGCCCAGCUCCGGGCACAGAUCGCCAUGUAUGAGUCAGAGCUGGAGCGGGCACAUGGGCAGAUGCUGGAGGAGAUGCAGUCCCUGGAGGAGGACAAGAACCGGGCCAUCGAGGAGGCCUUCGCCAGGGCCCAGGUGGAGAUGAAGGCCGUGCACGAGAACCUGGCAGGCGUCCGGACCAACCUGCUGACGUUGCAGCCGGCGCUGCGGACUCUCACCAACGACUACAACGGUCUCAAGCGGCAGGUGCGCGGCUUCCCCCUGCUGCUGCAGGAGGCCCUCAAGAGCGUCAAGGCCGAGAUCGGCCAGGCCAUCGAGGAGGUCAACAGCAACAACCAGGAGCUGCUGCGCAAGUAUCGCCGGGAGCUGCAGCUGCGCAAGAAGUGCCACAAUGAGCUCGUGCGGCUGAAAGGGAACAUCCGGGUGAUUGCCCGUGUCCGGCCACUCACCAAAGAGGAUGGAGAAGGGCCUGAGGCGACCAAUGCUGUGACCUUUGAUCCUGACGAUGACUCUAUCAUCCACCUGCUGCACAAGGGAAAGCCUGUAUCCUUCGAGCUGGACAAGGUCUUCUCCCCGAGGGCCUCACAGCAGGAUGUGUUCCAGGAGGUGCAGGCCCUGAUCACCUCCUGCAUUGAUGGCUUCAAUGUCUGCAUCUUCGCCUAUGGGCAGACAGGUGCCGGGAAGACGUACACGAUGGAGGGGAGCCCAGAGAACCCAGGCAUCAACCAGCGGGCCCUGCAGCUACUCUUCUCUGAGGUGCAGGAGAAAGCAUCUGACUGGGAGUACACCAUCACGGUCAGCGUGGCAGAGAUUUACAACGAGGUCCUCAGGGACCUGCUGGGGAAGGAGCCACAGGAGAAGCUGGAGAUCCGGUUGUGCCCAAACGGCAGUGGGCAGCUCUAUGUGCCGGGGCUGACCGAGUUCCAGGUGCAGAGCUUGGAUGACAUCAACAAGGUGUUUGAGUUUGGCCACACCAACCGCACAACGGAGUUCACCAACCUGAACGAGCACAGCUCGCGCUCCCACGCCCUGCUCAUCGUGACCGUGCGCGGCAUGGACUGCAGCACGGGCCUGCGCACCACGGGGAAGCUGAACCUGGUGGACCUGGCUGGCUCGGAGCGCGUGGGCAAGUCAGGGGCAGAGGGCAGCCGCCUGCGGGAGGCACAGCACAUCAACAAGUCGCUGUCGGCCCUGGGAGAUGUCAUUGCUGCCCUGCGUUCUCGCCAGGGCCACGUGCCCUUCCGCAACUCCAAGCUCACCUACCUGCUGCAGGACUCACUCAGUGGCGACAGCAAGACCCUCAUGGUGGUGCAGGUGUCCCCCGUGGAGAAGAACACCAGCGAGACGCUCUAUUCCCUCAAGUUUGCUGAGAGGGUACGCUCUGUGGAGCUGGGCCCCGUGUCCCGCCGGGCAGAACUCGUGUCCUGGUCGAGCCAGGAGCAUCUGGAGUGGGAACCUGCUUGCCAGACGCCACAGACCUCAGCACGAGCUCACUCAGCCCCCGGCUCCGGGACCUCUAGCCGCCCUGGCUCCAUCCGAAGGAAGCUGCAGCCCUCAGCCUGACGGCUGGGGCUGCAGUGUC